AUGACGACGACGAAAAGCCACCGCACAGCAAACUUCCCGUUGCGCUUUAGCUCCGUCUUUUGGACUAGGAACGAUGUCGAGCAUGAGGAAAAUGAUGCGUUUGUAUGUUUCGAGACGAACGUUAUAAUCAAGAAGGACGACACUCGCGGCGUGCCAUUGAUGGUGGCCGCCAGGAGAGACGAGUCCAUUUUGCGGCGUGGUCAUGCUUCCAGGAUUGAGGGCCAUGUCGCAGCGGGCGGGAUCAACAGCGUGUCAACAAUUUUCGAAGACGCAGACAACACCAUAGAAAUUGAUCACGCGGAAGUCCGUGUUAAGAGUUUGGUCGAUAAGGUCUCAGCUCACGGCGUGGGUCUUAUUGUGGAUUGGGAUCUGCGCUCGGGACCAGAUGAAGGCUGCUACACUGAGGUGAUAAAGGCUCAACGGUACGAAUUUUAUUUCCAAUGCACUCAAAAGACAUGGCUCACGUUUCUUUACUGCAACAAGGCCCCGGGCGGCGAGCCGCCCAUUGGUAUUAUAGUAUCCACCGGCGUGCACUCUACUCCCAAUAUGGCUAAAGUGGCCCACGUCCGUGCCGUGCCGCGUGCUCCCUUCUCUACUCUGCACAACGCCUUCUCCAGACUGUAA